AACUGUUAUCAUGAAGAUGGUGGAACCAGGGAGAUUGGCUCCGCCCUGACCAGGAUGUGCAUGAGACACAGAAGCAUAGAAGCCAAGCUCAGGCAGUUUUCGAGUGCUUUAAUCGAUUGUCUGAUAAACCCACUUCAAGAACAGAUGGAAGAAUGGAAGAAAGUGGCCAACCAGCUGGAUAAAGACCACGCGAAAGAAUAUAAAAAAGCUCGCCAAGAGAUAAAAAAGAAGUCCUCAGAUACACUGAAGCUGCAGAAGAAAGCAAAAAAAGGGAGAGGCGAUAUCCAGCCUCAGUUGGACAGUGCUCUCCAGGAUGUCAACGACAAGUAUCUCCUGCUGGAAGAAACAGAAAAGCAGGCGGUCCGGAAGGCUUUGAUUGAGGAGCGCGGCCGAUUCUGCACCUUCAUUGCUAUGCUGCGGCCAGUGAUUGAAGAAGAAAUCUCAAUGCUAGGGGAAAUAACUCACCUUCAGACCAUAUCAGAAGAUCUGAAAAGCCUGACCAUGGACCCUCACAAACUGCCGUCCUCAAGUGAACAGGUGAUUUUGGACUUGAAAGGCUCUGAUUACAGUUGGUCGUACCAGACGCCACCCUCUUCCCCCAGCACGACCAUGUCCCGCAAGUCCAGCGUCUGCAGCAGCCUGAACAGUGUGAAUAGCAGCGACUCGCGCUCCAGCGGCUCCCACUCCCACUCCCCGAGCUCCCACUACCGCUACCGCGGCUCCAACUUGGCCCAGCAGGCGCCCGUCCGCCUGUCCAGCGUGUCCUCCCACGACUCAGGAUUCAUUUCCCAGGACGCCUUCCAGUCUAAGUCACCGUCCCCCAUGCCGCCAGAGGCCCCCAACCAGAACUCGUCCAGCUCGGCCUCCUCCGAAGCCUCGGAAACCUGCCAGUCCGUGAGCGAGUGCAGCUCGCCCACCUCGGUCAGCUCAGGCUCCACCAUGGGCGCCUGGGCGUCCACAGAGAAGUUGUCUAACGGGUUUUCUCACUGUAGUUUGCCAAGUGAAUCCCAUGUGGGGCCCGUGGGGGCAAGCCUUUCCCCUCAUUGCCCGCCUGCCUCCCGCCUGCUCCCUCGGGUCACCUCUGUCCACCUUCCAGACUUCGCUCAUUAUCACACCAUUGGGCCCGGCAUGUUCCCGUCAUCUCAGAUCCCUAGCUGGAAGGACUGGGCCAAGCCAGGACCCUACGACCAGCCUCUGGUGAACACCCUACAGCGCCGCAAGGAGAAGCGGGAGCCAGACCCCAGUGGAGGAGGGCCCCCGGCCGCGGGUGGCGCGCCCGCAGCGGCUGACGAAGCGCAGAGACCUCGGAGCAUGACCGUGUCAGCUGCCACCAGGCCUGGCGAGGAGAUGGAGGCGUGCGAGGAACUGGCGCUGGCCCUGUCGCGGGGCCUCCAGCUGGACACCCAGAGGAGCAGCCGGGACUCGCUGCAGUGCUCCAGCGGCUACAGCACCCAGACCACCACCCCGUGCUGCUCGGAGGACACCAUCCCCUCCCAAGUUUCAGAUUAUGAUUAUUUCUCUGUAAGUGGCGACCAGGAGGCAGAUCAGCAGGAGUUUGACAAAUCCUCCACCAUCCCGAGAAACAGCGACAUCAGCCAGUCCUACCGACGGAUGUUCCAGGCCAAGCGCCCAGCCUCAACGGCUGGCCUCCCCACCACCCUCGGACCGGCUAUGGUCACCCCGGGGGUUGCAACCAUCCGACGGACCCCUUCCACCAAGCCUUCUGUCCGCCGGGGGACCAUCGGGGCCGGCCCCAUCCCCAUCAAGACCCCCGUGAUCCCCGUCAAGACCCCAACCGUCCCAGACCUCCCCGGGGUGUUGCCCGCGCCCCCGGACGGGCCAGAGGAGAGGGGUGAGCACAGCCCCGAGUCGCCGUCUGUGGGCGAGGGCCCCCAGGGUGUCACCAGCAUGCCCUCCUCCAUGUGGAGCGGCCAAGCCUCCGUCAACCCUCCUCUCCCAGGCCCGAAGCCAAGUAUCCCCGAGGAGCACAGACAGGCGAUUCCAGAGAGCGAGGCCGAAGACCAGGAGAGGGAUCCCCCAAGUGCCACUGCUUCCCCAGGCCAGAUCCCGGAGAGCGACGCUGCAGAGCUGAGCCCGAGAGAUACUCCGCAAGGGGAAGACAUGCUGAACGCCAUCCGAAGGGGCGUGAAACUGAAGAAGACCACGACCAACGACCGCUCAGCCCCUCGCUUCUCGUAGGCGCGCUAGGCUCCCAAGAAACGCUGCCAGUGGGGGAAGGAACUGUUUAAUUCAUAAAACCUAAUUUGUCUCGAUCCAUUCCAAUCUAUAAUCAGACAAAAGAUUUUGUAGGCAACUCAGAAUACAGCUCUUUUGAAAGUACUCGACACCUUUAGAUAAGAAUUAAAAGCAACAUAUGUAACUGACAUAACUUUGAUCUUUUAAUUUGUAAAUAUUGACCGUUUUCUUUCUGCACAUUCUUAGUUUCCCUUUUGAUUUUUCUGAAGGUGCCAAAUUCCAUUUAACUUUUUUACAAGUCUUUGUAAAAUUUUAAAUGCAUAAUGGGUUGGGGGGGUGGUCGGGGCAAGGGGAAACACAAAGUAGUUAAUUUCAGAAAAAAAGAUAGCUCUACUUAUUAGCCUUUUCUUUUCUCUCCUUUUUUUCCUGCAAGCUUUUGUAGAUGCAUUGUAGUAGUCUGGCUUAGAAGCAAAUUCAAGUUAUUUUAAUGUACAAACAAAAUGGAUCAAGGGUUAAAAUCUUCAUUUACAUGUAGUAUGUUCUGGCUGAGAAAAGCAGGGGUAACAAAUGAUGAGCAAUAUUCGGAGUGAAGUAAAUCCGGAAAUGGUAGACUCUGUUGGGAUUGGGGGGGGGAGGGCCGUGGGAGGGGCACACAGUCAACAUAGCCGAUCCUGUUAACAUUUAAGAGUAGCCUCGUAGGUUGAAUUUCUAGUAGCUUCAUGGUAAAUGCAUCCGAAUAAGCCAUACUGGAUUGCAGUGUUUGUUUCUGUAGGGUGUUUAAGGACUUCCUUUGUCCCACGAUUCCUCUUGACUGCACACAGCACCCACCUCCAGUCCCGUGCAUGCUGCCGCCACCGGGUAGACCCAGAGCUCCCCCCCCCCCCCCUUCAGUUACUCGUCUCUCCUACCCACGUUCAUUGAAUCCAAAUACAUCCAAAAAGGGUAAGGCAGUUUUAAAAAUGUGAAAACAUUUAAAAAUGAUAGCAGGGAAUUCUUAGAUAUAGCCAAUGCCUUUUACUUAACCGUGCCCAGCAGGCUGGGCGCGUUGAAAAGCCCAAAUAUUUUGAACAAACUCGAGCGGAUUUAACAAGGGUAACCAGCUUGGAAUCUAGCAACUUGCCAAUGUGUUUACCGACCUGGGGGCUUGUUUUUCUUCUCUUCUUUUAAAUAAGUGGCAGUUAAUUGGCAUCAUACCAAACAUUGAAGAGCGGAGGAUUUAUUUAUUGUCACUGGGAAUCUGACCACUAUACUGUCCCUUCUUUUUUUUUUUUUUUUGGUAUUCUAGGUAAUGUUUUUUGGAAUGGAUUUAUGUCUUUUUUAAGUGAAAGUUAAAUUUGUUCUAAUGCCCAUUCCCUAAAGCCAACAGAGAUUUGUAGAUUUAAAGGGAUCUUGUUUGGAGAAGACAUGUUCAAAAGGACCAAGCAAGCCCCUUAGCACUCGGGUCAGUUUCUCUUGAAGAAACCGGAGCUUGGUGGGUCCCGCAGACCCUGCAGGUUUCUGUUGGCUCUAAUCUUCAGUUACAUAAUCUUCUGCUUUAAUACCUAACUGCACUGGAUGUGAGAGUAACGCACCUGUAUAGUCACUGUUCUAGAUAUUAACAUUUAACACUGCUGUGAUUGCUCAAGGGCAUUUUAUGUUAUGGCUUUAAAGCAAAGGCAUGAUUAUUAGAAACUAUUUAAGCUUUUUUUCUUUGAAGAACAAGCUCCUUCUACAGAAUAUAAGCAACAGUAGUGCCUGUGGUUUAGCCCACCAAUCUUGAUGACUACAAGUAGCUGAUGCAUUGUGCAUAUGAUGCUUGAGAUGGUUUUUGCAAAAGCAGAAAUCACUGCAAGGUAAUGACAAUAGAUAAAAGUGGUAUUUUAAACCUUGGAAAUAAAUGGAUGUAACUGUACCUUGGUACAGCUUUUCACUUGUUUAGUUUUUAAACGCUAGUAUAAUCUGAAUAAAUUUAAUAUAAAAUGUUGCCAAAUUCAAUGUAGAAAGAAUGUGACGACACACCUUGGGUAGUUCUGUUUGUGUUUUUGCAUAUUGUAAAAGCAGGGUCACAGCUAAAAAUAAAGAAAUCGUUUCUAAAGGUAAAUUAUUGUGGUUUAGUUGCUAGUUUGUACUGAGAGUUGACCUCUCCCCGUGCAGUUUUUUGUUCUAAACUUGUAUAAAUAACAGUUGUGUAAUGUGUCUCCCUUCUACCUUGUAACAAUCGCUUCAGCCUACAUUAUAAAUAAAGAACCACUAGAAAAAGUC